AUGAAUUUCUUCCUUCUCGUCCUUGUCUUUGUCGCCCUAUUCGCCGUGGCCGUUGUGGAGGCCGGAGAUUCAGAUCUUGGUGGAAUCUUCGGAGGAAUCGGAGGACUUUUCUCGUCAAUCAGUGGAAUGGCUGGAGCCGCCGGUGGAAAGAAGAAGUAG